GAGGGUUGGAAGGAAAACAAAACAAAUGUAGACACAUGUGUUGUGUAGUCCACUUCACAUUUCCGUCCGUUCGAGUGCGCUGAUGUGUCGGACGUCCUUUUUCGCGUUUCAUUUGUUUAGGACAUCAUCUGUACAGUUCCACUUCGCAUUUUAAUAUUCCAUGCAAAUAUGUGUGAUUGGGUGCGCGUUUGUGAUUUUGAAAGCCCUGAGGUAAAAAAACAGAAAUGAAACAAGUGUACAGCAUGUGGGGCGUGACGUGUUGUCUGGAGGACCUGUGAUGAACGUAUCACCUGACAAGAUGAUGUUUACUAGAAAUAAGAAACGAAGCACUAGUACUUCAGGACACCAACAAAAGAGAUAUGGAACGUCACAGGAAAAAUAUUAUGAGCGCGGACGUAUGAGCUACCAAGAAGCUCGACCAGCGCCACGAACCAUUGUGGUUCACAAACCCUACAGAGAUGAAGAAGCGGGCGGCGCGGCCGGGCCGGCGACGGCGGGCGCGCCGCACGCGCUGCAUGACGAGGACGCGGCGCCGCGGGCGCGCGCGGGCCAGGCCAUCACGCGCCGCCGCGGCGCCAUCAAGCACCAGAAGGUGCACGAGGUCAAGGGCCACAAGUUCGUCGCCAAGUUCUUCCGGCAGCCCACCUUCUGCGCCUUCUGCAAGGACUUCCUGUGGGGCUUCGGCAAGCAAGGUUACCAGUGCCAAUCCUGCCAGACUGCCGUGCACAAGAAAUGCCACGACAAAUUCCUCGGGAAGUGCCCGGGCUCCGGCCUCGACUCAGAAAGCACCAUUUACCUGCGGGAGCGGUUCAAGCUGGACGUGCCGCACCGCUUCAAGGUGCACAACUUCAUGUCGCCCACCUUCUGCGACCACUGCGGGGCGCUGCUGUACGGGCUGUUCCGCCAGGGGCUCAAGUGCGAGGAUUGCGACGUCAACUGCCACCGCAAGUGUGAGAAGCUGAUGCCGCAUCUGUGCGGGGUCAACCAGAAGCUCAUCGUGGAGGCGCUGACGCUACUCAAGCGAGUGCCUUCGACCGCCAGCGAGGCUUCCAGCUCGCCGUCGCCGUCGCUCGCCUCCAGCCAGCUGCUCGACCCGUACAGCGAGGACGCGGGGCUGCUGCCGCGCGCCGCCACGGGCCGCUCCACGCCGCCCGCCUGCUCGCUGCCGCGCUUCCGCAAGUACACCGUCGACGACUUCCAGUUCCUCAAGCUGCUCGGCAAGGGCAGCUUCGGCAAGGUUAUGCUGGCGGAGCUGCGCGGCACGGACCGCUACUACGCCGUCAAGUGCCUGAAGAAGGACGUGGUGCUGGAGGACGACGACGUGGAGUGCACGCUGAUCGAGCGCAAGGUCCUCUCGCUGGGCUCCAAGCACCCGUACCUCUGCCACCUCUUCUGCACCUUCCAGACGGAGUCGCACCUGCUGUUCGUGAUGGAGUACCUGAACGGCGGCGACCUCAUGUUCCACAUCCAGCAGAGCGGCCGCUUCGCCGAGCCCCGCGCGCGCUUCUACGCCGCGGAGAUCGUCUGCGGCCUCAAGUUCCUGCACAAGAAGGGCAUCGUCUACAGAGACCUGAAAUUGGACAACAUUCUGCUGGACUACGAAGGCCACGUGCGGAUAGCCGACUUUGGGAUGUGCAAAUUGCAAAUUUUCUUGGACCGCACCGCCGACACCUUCUGCGGGACUCCAGACUACAUGGCCCCUGAGAUCAUCAAGGGCCUCAAGUACAACCAGUGCGUGGACUGGUGGUCGUUCGGCGUGCUGGUGUUCGAGAUGCUGGUGGGCGUGUCGCCCUUCACGGGCUGCGACGAGGACGAGCUCUUCUGGUCCAUCUGCAACGAGCAGCCGCAGUACCCGCGCUUCCUGUCGCGCGAGGCGCACUCGCUGCUCACUUCGCUGCUGGAGAAGGACGCGUCGAAGCGGCUGGGCACGCAGGACAGCCCCAAGGGCGACGUGCCCGACCACGUCUUCUUCCGCAGCGUCGACUGGGGCGAGCUGGAGCGCCGCGAGCUGGAGCCGCCCUUCCGCCCCAGAGUGAAACACCCGCUGGACGUGCAGUACUUCGACAAGGCGUUCACGGCGGAGCGCGCCGAGCUGACUCCUGUGGACGCGAGCAUCCUGCAGUCCAUGGACCAGGCGCAGUUCCAGGGCUUCAGCUACACCAACCCGAACGCGACGGACUGAGCGCGCCGGCGCCCGCGACGCCACUCGGAGGAACGACUCUCCUCUGGAUCUCAUAGCCUCUCUCCGCUCUGUGCGCGGCCGCUGCGCCCUCGUUCCGCUGGAGCGCAUGCGCUUUCAGAACUACUCCCACUCUGGCUCCCGGAAGGGGCUCUUCCUGGCUUUCUGCAAUUGAUGUGCCUUGCAUUGUUCUCGCAUAGGAACACGAGUCAGGUGUAGCAAGAAAUUGUGACAAAAGGGAAUGCGAUGAGACCAAAUCCAGGCGCGUUGCGGAAAGAGUUAAUUGAUUGCCAGAGUGGAUAUCUUUGAUGUGUCUAUGAAAACUUUAUUGCUUCUCUGCCAUUAACUGAUCCUAUUCCAAUUUGUAUCUGCAAUGCACUUUAACAUUGAUUGUGUAACAUUCUGUUUAUCACUGCCAAACAUGAAUAGUAACGUAGUAAAUAGUUAUGUAGUUACAUCAUUAACCAAAAAUUCUCUAAUGAUUUUUAAGAAGAAAAAUUCAUAAUGAAACUUGAUCAGAAGAUUGUUUUUCAUGCUAAGAAAAUUACACCGCCUUUUACAUUCAGAUUAACUCCUAUAAUAAUUGUAUGCUUUUAUGUAUAAUGUGUGAUUUCACCAUUGAAAGGUGCUUAACAUUCACUAAAAAACUAGAUAUCAAUUCUUGGACAUGAUUUGUAUUAUGCCCUUUGAAACGCACACUGAAUAGAUUUCUAAGAUGUACAGAAGAAUCAUAUUAACAUUAGUAUUAUUAAAUUUCAAUGUCCUCAGUUAUGUAACUUUUAAUGAUGAAUUCUCAUUAGACAAUUUAUAGAUUUGUCAAGAGAGCCAUGUUAAAAAUGUAUAACAAUGUUACUGGAAUGACAUGACAGUGAAAAAUCCAGUGCCUUAAGUACCUGAUUCCAGAACAGGAUCUGCUAUUGUUUUUAAUGUUACAGAUCUGAGAGAAUGCAAAAGACACAUUUGUGCCUGGCAAUUGUAGUCAACUUAAUUAAAUAUCAUGGGUCUUUUAAUGCGGACCACUUGAUGCAAGAAAAGUGGUGUCAUGUGAAACAAGUGUUAAAUCUAUUUAUAUAUCGUACUUGGCAUAUUUACAAGUGCUGAAUAUUUUUAUUUUUGUAUACCCUGGAAAGUAUUAUGCCUCUUUACGUACUCGAUGUUACAUUAAAUCAAGUCAUGAGUACACCUCAUUUUAACUGCCAUAGUAAAUUCUUGGGUCUACAUUUAUACCUGCAUCAAAUUACAUGAAUUACCAUUUUGCCGGCAUAUGUAACAAUUUUAUUUAAAGAAGAAUAUAAGUGUUAUAGUGAUUAAAUCACAUUUUAUGUACAGUUUCAAAUGUUUUCCCCCAGAUUCAUUCUUGGGAUGUGAAUAUUUGCCAAGUAUCUUUUGUCUCUUCUUACUUGUACAUAAUGAAUCAUGUAAUGGGUGCAAUAAGGAACAAUGAAGCAUAGAAGAGUUUACCAGUGAAUCUUGAAAGACUGAUCUUGAAUCAUACAGUUUAUCUUUGAGUGGAGUGCCAUAGUGCGAUUGUGUUCCUGAAAUGAAAAGUUUGAAACAUAACUUAAGUGUUCAAUAAACAUAUCUUUACUCUUGUUUUUUAAAUAGAGCAGUGAGGAAGAUUUUUGUUAGAGCAUGUCAGAUGAAGUGUCGUUUGUGUUUCAAAUGACCGGCCGUUAUUGUGUAUUCAGCAGGAUGAAACCGGAGCAGAGUGUUACUAUUGGUACUCAUAAUGGUACUUUCCAUUGUGAUGAAGUUUUGGCAUGCUAUAUGUUGAAACAAUUGCCUGCGUAUAAAAAUGCUGAAAUUAUCCGAACUCGUGAUCAGACUGUCCUGGAUAGUUGUGACAUAGUUGUUGAUGUUGGUGGAGAGUUCGACACAUCUAGACAUCGAUACGAUCAUCAUCAGAGGGAGUUCAAUGAAUCUAUGAACUCACUCAAUCCUGCAUAUCCUUGGAAGACAAAAUUGAGUAGUGCUGGUUUGGUAUAUUACCAUUUUGGUCAUAAUAUCAUCAAAGCCAUGCUUCCAGAUUGUGAUGAAGAUUCAAUUAAUGCCACUUAUAAGCAGGUGUAUGAAUACUUCAUUCAGGAAAUUGAUGGAAUAGAUAAUGGUGUGCCCAUGUUUGAUGGAGAACCACAUUACAGAAUUACUACAAAUCUUAGUUCUAGAGUUGCAAAUUUAAACCCUGCUUGGAAUAGUCCUAACAGGGAUGAGACAGAUGGAUUUUAUAAAGCAUUGGAAUUAGUUGGAGAAGAAUUCAAGGAUCGUAUUACUUACAAGGCAACAGUGUGGUGGCCUGCUAGAUCGUUAGUGAGAGAUGCUCUCAAUAAUCGGUAUAAAGCUCAUGAGUCUGGUGAAAUUAUGAUCUUUGAUAAUGACACCUUUUGUCCUUGGAAGGAGCACUUAUUUGACUUGGAGGCAGAAACUAAAAUUGAUCCCAACAUUAAAUUUGUUUUAUUUUGUGAUCGUGGGGUGUGGAGGGUGCAGGCCGUACCUGUUGCGGUUGGCAGUUACAUAUGUCGUGUUUUUCUCUGGAAAGAUUGGCACGGCUUGAGAGAUGAUGAACUGGUGAAAGUAUCUGGAAUUGAUGGAUGUGUCUUUGUUCAUGGAACUGGGUUCAUUGGUGGUAACAAGACCAAAGAAGGAGCUCUGGAAAUGGCUACACAGAGUCUCAAAAAACAAGCUGAAGAAGAUGCAAAGUCCUCAUGAAAAAUAUGUAUUAUGUUUUAUUGUGUACUUUGUAUCAAAGAAAGUAUUGCUACACUUCCUUCCAGGAAUUUGUCAAAUACAUUCUUCCAAAGAAUAUUGUCUUGCCUUUAUUUCCAUUUCUUUUAAGCUUCUUUAUGUACAAAUACAUUUUAAAAUUUUGAUUAAAAAUUAUUGUAACACGAAGUUGAGAAAUUAGUCUUUUUAUUAGAAAUUGUUUUAUCAUAAGCAAGUCAACUUAUACCCUUCAUGAAGCGUGUUGUGUACCCUACAUUUGACACCAUGUGUAGUCUCGGAAGCAAUGACAACAUAUUGAUGUCAAAGUGAUGUGAUCAACCUUCUUGAACAGUUAAAUAGAUUCUAACCUGUAACUUAUGGACUGAGUUGCCAAGGUAGAUCAUGUUCUGGCCAGUUAAUGAGGCAGUUGGAUAAUAGAUGUAAUAAAAAAAAUUAAAAAAAAAAUUGCACCUUGUACUCAAUUCAUCUUAACCUUCUUU